AUGGCAAUAAUAAAACAUGAACAAAUUGAUGCUAACUAUUGGCUUUGUCGUCUCAACCUCAUUGUUUUCCAUGAAUUACAAAUAGUAUAUCAGGUUUAUCAAAAGGCAAUAAAACUAAAUGGAGCAACUGAAAUCAAUCUAGUUGGUAGUCUAUUGGCUACAUACAUAAAAUCAACGCGCACAUUGAAAAGGAAAUGUACAUUUUUGAUGCAAGGUGACGAACUAGAUCAUGCGCUCUAUGAAACUGUUAAAAACAUAUUUAUGCUUACUAAUCACCUAAUUUACCAUCCACUUCUAGUCGAUUUUGCACAAAAAUUGUUUGUAAUACUGGUCAUAUUUGCAACGGGUAAUGUCAUUAAUGGUGUAAUUGUAGAAUCAAGUGAAAACUGCGCUGAUUGUCCCAUAAUUACAUAUUGCUUGAUAAAGAAAUUUCAAAGAACAGUUUUAUUAACAAUUGCAUUUAUCAUUUAUGAGGAGAUGCUUGGGCAAGGUAAUGGCAAAUUGUUCCAAUUAACCCAUAAGUUCGUCUAUGGUGCCAUAACAAGCAGAGUACAUAGUGGUAUCAAAGGCUGCCCUUUUUUAUUUGUCAAACAGUCGAAACAGUCGGUCGAUUGCAACAUGAGCAAGAAAUGGACCUCAGGUUCCCAAGAUUAA